AACAUUUGCAUAAACCGCACUCUAACAUUUGCAUAAACCGCACUCUAUAAAUUUCAAAAAUUUGGAAUGUUACGUUCAUUUUCAGCAAAGAGAAAUAAACUGCACAUGAAUAUGGCAGGUCGAAUCUUUCCCACAUUAUGCGCUAUUUAGUCAAGUUUUAUAGCUGUGCAUUAGCAGAAGAGGCUAGCAAAUUUGGCCCUAAUUUCCUCGUAUUUUAGGGUUUAUCCAAAUCAAGGUAAUAGUGUCAAACUUCAAGUGAAUCUAAGGUCUUCAAUGGAGGUGUAUAGCCCUUGAAGUUGCCAGAUUUAGCCAUAGCUUGGUCAUUUUAGGGCUUUUUAGUGGAGUCCAUUUUGUAGUGGAUCAAUAAUCAGUUAAUUCAACGGAAUCAGUUAGGGAAUUUCAGAGUUUCCCAUUUGAUUCUUCAAAUCCUUGAUCUCCAGGCCUUUUUUGAGAUUUAAUGGCUUAAAUAUGGAAGAAAAUGUUCGUUCGCCUGGAUCAUUGGACCUGUCUCCUUCUCUGAUCAAGUUCUUAGACAAGAAUUUUAAGAAGAAAGAGGAUUUGUUAAAAGCUGGGGAAUUAGCUCUAAAAUUGACCGAAGAGUGCUCGGAUUUGGAUAAAGUUUUAGCAGAUUUGGAGCAGAGGUUUAUAACAAGUAUAGAGUCUUGGAUUUCUCAUUAUGAUCGAACUCAAAUUGCUUGUAGUGAAAUUAAGCUCAAACUUUACGAGAUUGGAGCAUCAAAUUGUGUCCCUAGCCCUUCUUCAGAUGGAAAGGAAACCAAGUCACUUCGAAAAACUGAACAAAUUCUUGCAAAAGAGUUGCCUAUGCUUGCGAAGGAAGUGACCAGAGUAGAGGCAGUUCGUGUUUAUGCAGAGACUGCAUUAAAGCUUGAUUCUCUGAUUGGUGACAUCGAAGAUGCAGUCUCCACUACUGUCAGUGGACUUUUAAGAAAGUCUUCCUCCUCUGCCAAUUAUGAAGAAACUCGACUGUUUGCUACAGAACCUCUCAAAUGUGUGGAGGACAUCUUGAUUUCCAUCACAAAGUCACACCCGCAAUGGAUCCGUCUCAUCUCAGCUGUCGAUCAAAGGAUUGAUCGGGCCUUGGCAAUCCUGAGGCCUCAAGUUAUUGCAGAUCACAGGGCUCUUCUAACCUCGCUUGGAUGGCCACCCCCUCUCUCUGGCCCCACAAAACAAGAUCUAGAGAAAGGCUCUUCUCUCUCUAACCCCCUCUUCUUGAUGCAGGGAGACCUUAAAUACAAAUAUUUCAGCAGCUUUCUCGCUCUCUGUAAUUUACAGGAGCUUCAAACACGAAGAAGGGCUCGACAGCUUGUGCAACGGGACCAAAAUUUCUCUCUCCACCAUCUAAAGGACCAGAGUUUCUCACACCACCAUCUGCAGGACCAGAGUUUCUCUCUCUACCAACCUCAGGACCAGGUUUUCCUUCUUCGUCAGCCGCUUUGGACAAUCGAGGAGCUGGUGACUCCAAUUGCCUUAGCAUCAAGACCUCACUUCUUGAAGUGGGUCGAGAAGCCAGAGUUCAUAUUUGCUCUGGUUUACAAGAUCACUCGAGAUUUUGUUGAAUCAGUGGACGAGAUAUUGCAACCACUUGUUGACAAGGCGAGACUUAGUGGUUACAGUUGCAGAGAGGAGUGGGUGUCAUCAAUGGCCACUUCUCUCACUACCCAUCUUGCAAAAGAGAUCUUCCCCGUCUAUGUAGGCCACUUAGAGGAUGAGAGAGAAACAUUCCAAGUGAGGCUCUCAUGGCUACGCCUGGUCGACCUCAUGAUAUCAUUUGACAGAAAGAUGCAAGGCCUAAUAGCAAGCUCGAGACUCUCUCUCUCUCUAGACGAGGAGAUUUUGCAAAGAGUUUCAUGCAUGUCAGUUUUUUGUGAUCGCCCAGAUUGGCUCGAGAUAUGGGGAGAGAUUGAGCUCAAAGAAGCACAAGAUAAACUGAAACCAGAGAUUGAGGCUGAGAAAUCAUGGAAGGGUAGAAUUCAAGGCGCAAUUCUCUUGUCUGACCCAAUUGAUUACAAGGCUCCUGCUAUAGCUGAAUUUGUCCUGAGGUGCUUAUCCUCUGUGAUAGAGCGUUCCAGGUCAUUGCCUAGAAUUCACUUAAGGGCUAGAUUUAUCAGGUUAUCUGGAGUCCCUACUGUUAGACAAUUUCUGGACUCUUUGCUUCAAAGAUGUCAAGAAGCAGAAGGGCUAACCGCUUUAACUGAUGAGACUGCCAUGAAAAAGGUUGCGGUCUCUGUGAAUUCAGCAAGGUAUUGUGUGUCAGUGCUAAAAGAGUGGUGUGAGGACGUGUGCUUUCUAGAGAUGGCAGCUUCGGAGAGAGAAGAACUCCAAAGUUUAGAGAGAGGAGGUAGAAAGAGUUUAGAGAGAGAGUACAGGGACUCGGUUUUUGGCGAGGAGAUUGAGAAAUUGGAGGAGUUUAGAGAGGAGUGGGUGGCAAAGCUUUGGACUGUGGUUUUGCGUGGUUUUGAUGCUCGUUGCCGCAAUUAUUUGAAGAAUAGGAAGCAAUGGUUGGAGAAGGGCCAACUUGGGGUAGUGAACCCUGGGCUUUUAGAGGGGUUGGACUAUAUUCAAGGGAGGAUUGUCAAAAUGCAAGGUGAGCUGAAUGAGGUCGAUUUUGUGGGGUUUUGGAGGGGUUUAGCAGGUGGGUUAGACCAAACCAUCUUUGGUAGUAUUUUGGCAAAUGACGCAGUGAGAUUUAGUGAAGAAGGGUCAAAGAGGUUUAUUGGGGACAUGGAGGCUUUGUUUAGCCUUUUUGGGGUGUGGUGUGUGAGGGGUGAGGCCUUCUUUCCAAGGGUUAGUGAGGGUUUGAGGGUGAUGAGACUGGGGAAGGAGGACAAAGAGAGAUGGUUGAGAGAGAAAAGUGGGAUGAGGCAUUUGAAUGUGGGGCAAGUGGAGAGGCUAUUGAGGCGUUGUCCAUAAUGCUUUGUCCAUUAAUAAGGGAAGGUAGGUACAUUGGAUUUGUGUUGGAUUUGGUAGAGGGAGAAGCAUGGGACUGAGGCAUUUGGGUGUGGGAGAAGUGAAAUGGUUGCUGAAGCAUUUUCCAUGUCCAUAAAGGAGAUGCUAGAUUCAUUGAAUUGGUGUUUUUUCUUAUUGUCUCAAUUUGAGGAAUUAUCAUUGAGAUUUGCUUGAUUUAAUUGUCCCUCCCGUCAAACGUUUUUCCAGAAACAUCAUUUCUCUCACUAGCACCAUGAAGGUUCAAAAACAACUCAGGCUUGGACUCGAACCCAACCCAAAUCGAGGUACUGGUGAGUAGUGGACCCACUUUAAUAGUGUAAUGGUAAAAAAAAAGUUUACAAAUUAAAGAAUGUGGGUUAUGUUA